GUUGCCCUGGUCCUAACGUCUGUUCAACAGAUAAUAACGGACAGCUAACAUAUACAAAAGUGCGAGAGGGUGGCGGAACAAAACUGUUGACAUACAUUUAACCGUAAUUAACCUGUAGGUCGAAGUAUCAUUUCAUUUUGGUACGCCUUAUGAGAAGGACAUGUGCAACGGAGUGUCGUGCUCGCAUUCAGUUAAGUCAAGCCACCCUUGUGCAGACCCAGAUUGACCUUUCGGAUGCUAAUCUGGCCAUGCAUUGUCUUGCUCAAAAGAGAGCAAGGAGACGGAGGCAGCGCAGAUGGUGGAUCAGGGCUUGGCUGGGUCCCGAGCGGAGGCGUCAGUUCGGUCUGUAUGACCAACUUAUGAUCGAACUACGACGAGAGGACCAACGCGCAUUCAUCAACAUCAUGAGAAUGCCACCCGAGAUGUUCGAUGAGAUUCUCGCACGAGUGGGCCCAAUGAUAACGAAACAGCAUCGUGUGUCUGGUUCAAAGUACCGUGACAUGCGAUUCGGCUGGAGGGUACCCCACAACACUAUUUCUCUUCUCGUGCCAGAAGUGGGUAGAACAGUCAUAGAUGAGUAUGCUGACGACGUGAUGCCGUUGCCAACAACAGCUGCCGAUUGGACGCGAAUAGUGACGGCUUCAGGGACAGCCCGAAUUUCCCCCACACGAUUGGUGCUAUUGAUGGCAAACAUAUUGCCUGCAAAUGUCCAACACGAUCCGGGUCUACGUAUUUUAACUACAAAAAGUACUUCUCCGUUGUCCUGCUAGCUCUGGUGGAUUCUGACUACAAGUUCGCUUGGGCUGACAUUGGAGGCCGUGGUGCUGCAUCCGAUGCACAGUUGUGGACCGAGUCAGACCUGAAGGCAGCAGAUGAUAACGGAGACCUUGACCUGCCAGAACAUGAAGCUUUGCCACAUGAUACUGAGGAUAUACCCGGUACCCGACUUUUUCAUCGGAAAGAAACUAUAAAAGUGUUCGACCGGCCAAGAUUGAUUGAUUUAUUUAUUUAUUUUUUUGGCGUAAGUGUACAUAAACAUUCAUGA